AUGUACGCCUCUUCGACCUUCGUUCUCGGCGCUAUCAUGGCUCUAGCUCGCGUUGCCAUUGCUACCCCUCCUGCCUGUCUGCUAGCAGCCUUAGGUGCCCAAUCCAAUCCUGCUGAUCUCAAGUCCCUCUGCGGCACACUCGUCCCACAAUUGUCAGGAAACAUCACCGAGAAGUGUUCUGGAGACGCUCGAUCUGCCGCUAUCUCUGCCUACUCUGCCACCUGUCUUUCGUCUGAAUCCGUUACUAUCACUAUCUCCUCCUCUUCAAGCUCAAAGACCGGGUCUGCAACUGCUACUACUACAGGCUCCGGCAGCGCGAUUGCAAAGCCCACUGGCUCUGCCACUUCCGGUAGCGGUUCCGGAAACGCCGCGGGUACUGCUACAGGUACAGGUGCAGCGCCAUCUGGCACCGGAUCGAGCGGUGCAGGGUCCACAUCACCUCAAUUCGCCAUGUAUAUGGCUCCAGUCGUUCUUGCUGCUGGCUUCGCCGGCCAAUAUGUGCUAUAA